ACAAUUACACCAGUCCUCAGGAUAUGUCGUAUGUCCUGAUUGGAAUCCCAGGACUACAAGAUUUGCACACCUGGAUCUCCAUCCCUAUCUGUUUCAUGUACAUUGUGGCUCUUGUAGGUAACAUCUUCUUGAUCUUCCUGAUCGUGACCGAGCGGAGUCUCCAGGAGCCCAUGUAUCUCCUCCUUUCCAUGCUGGCCUUGGCAGAUGUCCUGCUCUCCACAGCCACAGCCCCCAAGAUGCUGGCCAUCUUCUGGUUCCAUUCCAUGGGUAUAUCCUUUGGUAGCUGCGUAUCCCAGAUGUUCUUCAUACACUUUAUCUUUGUGGCAGAAUCUGCCAUUCUCCUGGCCAUGGCAUUUGACCGCUACGUGGCCAUCUGUUACCCACUGAGAUACACUGCAAUCUUAACCUCCUCAGUCAUUGGGAAGAUUGUCAUAGCUGCUGUGGUUAGAAGCUUUAUCAUAUGUUUUCCAUUCAUCUUCCUGGUACAUCGACUUAUCUAUUGUGGGAGAAACAUCAUUCCCCAUUCCUACUGUGAGCACAUGGGCAUUGCCAGAUUGGCAUGUGAUGAUAUCAAUGUCAACAUCAUUUAUGGCCUGACGGUGGCCCUACUGUCUACAGGAAUGGAUAUAGUGUUCAUCAUUACAUCCUACACAAUGAUCCUUUGCACAGUGUUUCAGAUACCUUCCUGGACUGCCAGAUUCAAGGCCCUUAACACAUGUAGUUCCCACAUCUGUGUCAUACUUAUAUUCUAUGCCCCAGCAUUCUUUUCAUUUUUUGCCCAUCGCUUUGGGGAUAAAACUAUCCCUCAUCACAUCCACAUCCUAGUAGCCAACCUCUAUGUGGUGGUGCCCCCUAUGCUCAACCCCAUUAUUUAUGGGGUGAAGACCAAACAGAUACAAGACCAAGUGGUUUUGUUUUUCUCUCCCAUUAACACAUGCUAA